UCCUCGUCUCCUGCGAUUUGAAAGGGUUUGAGUUUGUCAAAUUUGGUAGAAUGGAGAAAGGAAAAAAAUUCUAAUAGAAUAACAUAAUUGAAGAUCUGAUACAACUGUACAGCUGUGCACCAUUCUUCAUUGACUAGCUUUACUGUAUUCACAUGGUUCAUAACUGGUGAGCUAUCUUAUUGACUUCCAUUACUCCUCCUUUACAACCUUAAAGCACACAUAAAUUGACUGCUAACAAUAAAUAUGAGUAGCUGCUACCUUUGUGUUGGCACCAUUUUUGUUUCCCGCAAAAUGGCGAAUAUGAAAGUUGAGAUCAUAUCCAGAGAAACCAUCAAGCCAUCUUCACCAACACCACCCCAACAAAGAACCUUCGAAGUGUCUCUUUUGGACCAGCUUUCUCCAAGCAUCUAUGUCCCAAUUAUAUUCUACUACCCCAUCAGUGAAGGUCAUCACAAUGUCAACCAAAUUUCGGAUCGAUUGAAAGAUUCUCUCUCCAAAACCUUAUCUCGAUUCUACCCACUUGCCGGACGGAUCAAGGACCAUGCCUCGAUUGAUUGUAACGAUGAAGGAGCUCUGUUUUCUGAAGCUCAAGUUAAUUGUCACUUGUCUGAGGUCCUCAAAGAUCCCAAAACUGACUUGCUGGACCAGUUUCUUCCAUGCUCAAUAUUUCCCAUGGUGCCAUUGAAUGAUGUAGUUCAGGUAGCUGUUCAACUCAACAUAUUUGCAUCAGGUGGAAUUGCAAUAGGUUUGUGCUUCUUCCACGAGAUUGUCGAUGGAGCCACAAUGAGUGCUUUCGUCAAAUGCUGGGCUGCCAUUACGAGGGGAUCAUAUGAUGAAGCAGCAUACCCUGAUUGCUUCGUGGCAUCAAAGCUCUUCCCUCCUAUAGAAUCAAUGACGGGUAAUGUUUCGUUGCUCAACGAAAGCUGGGUGAUCAAGCCAGGAAAAGGCGUCCGCAGGAGAUUUGUCUUCGAUGCUGCAGCAAUAUCUGCCCUGAAAGCCGAGGCCACAAGCCAACUUGUGCCUACGCCGUCUCGUUUUGAAGUAGUGUCCAGCUUCAUAUGGAAAUCUGCUUUGGCCGCUUCUAGAUCAGCCCUGGGAUCCCAACACCAACAGCCAUCGAUAUUGUCCUUUUCAGUCGAUAUGCGUCGACGAAUGGAGCCACCACUGUCAGAAAAGUGCACCGGAAAUUUGGCCUGGCAGGCACUGGCUCACCGUGCUGCACCCCAAGGAGAUGAAACAGAUCUGCAAGGUUCGGUCAGUCGAUUCAGAGAAGCAGUAGCAAAAAUCAACAAUGAUUUUGUGCAAACCCUACAAAAUGGAGAGAGGUUUCAGGUGAUAUGCAAGUUCAAAGAAGAACAGGAAGAAAUGUAUCCUGACACAAAGCCGGAGAUGUAUGUGUUCACUAGCUGGUGCAAGUUCGGUUUUAAUGAAGUGGAUUUUGGGUGGGGAAAGCCGAUAUGGGUCAGUAAUAUAGGGGGUGAUACCAACCCUAUUUAUGUGAAUACUGUCACCUUGAUGGACACGAGCUGCAGUGAUGGAAUAGAAGCAUGGAUGCUCUUAAACGAAAAGGUAAUGGCUAUACUGGAAAACAAUCCGGAAUUUUGUGCAGUGGCCUCAUUGAACCCGAGCAUUUCAAACCAGAGUGCCUUGUCUGAAAGAAUAACCCUUCCUAGUUUGGCAUGAGCUUUGCAGUUUGCUGCUUCAUCCCAAGAUGCCAAUUUGUGGAUCUGUUUGUUUGAAUUUUCCUUGAUUCCUGUACCUGCAAGCUUGCUGUUGAUUGCAAAAAGUACACAAAUUUGCAAUAACAUACUCAAAGGAGGAUCAAACCAGGAGACAAAAUUUCCAAACACAAAUGUUACACAACUAACUGACUCAAAGAAGACACAAUCCACUGAUAAAAGUACUAGUUGAGACGAGUUACUGUCAAACUUGAGUAAUUCGAUUUUGGCAGAACUUUCACUCACUGGUACCUAAAAAAAUGUUUGGUUUUUCUUUUUGUCUUGAUCUAGUGUUGCAUGAAUUGUUCUAUAAGUGAACAUUUUUUUAUUUGGUUUUGAUAGAAUGUGGACCAAAUAGAUUUUUUAGCAUAUGGGAUACAUGUGUGGUGGAUUUGUUUGAGAAAAAAUUCAAUCCAAGUCCUGGGAAUUCUGGUUCACAUGUCAUAUAGAUAGAACUGCAUACGACACUUGAAAUGAAUCCAAAAUGAUACAAUCCUAAUAUGAUGUGAAUCUAAAAUGAAUUGAUCCAAGCAUGAAACGACACAACUCAAUUGACACUCAUAAGGAAAUAUUAUUCUCUUUAAAAAGCUCAUUACUCAUUACAUAAACACUAUUUCACAGAGUGAGAUUCUUAUUGACUUUUUGUGCACUAGUCUAGUAAGUUCUACAUGCAAAUUGGAGAAAACAAGAAACAUGUUUUCCUCAGAAAUUAUUACAACUGCGAAAGCCAAUGGGGGUGGCUUUAGUAGCAACAAACAUAUUUUUGUUCUCUAAAAGUACCUUAAGACCACUUUAUCCUCCACUGUACAGAUCCUUGGCAUGGUAGGGCUCUGCAGGAUUGCUUUUCCUUAUCUUCGAGAAAAUUUUGACCACAAGUAGACCAGAAAAAAACACAGCAGUGCAAAAAGAACCACAUGCAUA